UUACUUGAAAAAGAAGAGUGGGGUUCCUAAGAAGUGUGCAAAAGGUUCCAUCUCCGAACCCUUAAGCGUGCGAAAAACUCCACCUUGUUCAAUUUCUAAAUCAACGAUGGGUCAAGGAACUCCCGGCGGCAUGAACCGUCAAGGUCAUCCCGGUGAUCGGAAACAAGACGGCAGCGACAAAAAGGAGAAGAAAUUCGAGCCGGCAGCUCCACCGGCACGUGUAGGUCGUAAGCAACGGAAACAGAAGGGUCCAGAUGCAGCAUCUCGUUUACCGACAGUGACUCCGGUGUCGAAGUGCAAGCUGAGGUUGUUAAAGCUUGAGCGAGUUAAGGAUUACCUGUUAAUGGAGGAGGAGUUUGUUGCUUAUCAAGAGAGGUUGAAACCGCAGGAAGAGAAAGCGGAGGAAGAUAGAUCUAAGGUUGAUGAUCUUCGAGGUUCGCCUAUGAGUGUUGGGAAUCUCGAAGAGCUUAUCGAUGAGAAUCAUGCGAUUGUUUCGUCUUCGGUUGGACCAGAGUAUUAUGUUGGAAUUUUGUCAUUUGUUGAUAAGGAUCAGUUAGAACCUGGUUGUGCUAUUUUGAUGCAUAAUAAGGUUCUUUCCGUUGUUGGUCUACUACAAGAUGAAGUUGAUCCGAUGGUCUCUGUUAUGAAGGUUGAGAAGGCUCCUUUGGAAUCUUAUGCGGAUAUUGGUGGUUUAGAUGCACAGAUACAGGAAAUUAAAGAGGCGGUUGAGCUACCCUUGACGCAUCCUGAACUAUAUGAAGAUAUUGGUAUAAAGCCUCCUAAGGGGGUUAUAUUGUAUGGAGAACCGGGAACUGGAAAGACCUUGCUUGCAAAGGCUGUGGCGAACUCAACAUCAGCAACAUUCUUGCGUGUAGUUGGUAGUGAAUUGAUACAAAAAUACUUGGGAGAUGGUCCAAAGCUUGUGAGGGAACUUUUUAGAGUUGCUGACGAUCUUUCUCCGUCUAUUGUUUUCAUUGAUGAAAUUGAUGCAGUCGGCACAAAGAGGUAUGACGCUCACUCAGGUGGAGAACGUGAAAUUCAAAGGACUAUGUUAGAGUUGCUGAACCAGCUAGAUGGUUUUGAUUCAAGAGGAGAUGUAAAAGUUAUUCUGGCUACCAACAGAAUUGAAAGUCUUGAUCCAGCUUUGCUACGACCUGGUCGUAUUGACAGGAAGAUUGAAUUUCCUCUUCCUGAUAUCAAAACAAGAAGACGCAUUUUCCAGAUACACACAUCAAGGAUGACAUUAGCUGAUGAUGUCAACUUGGAAGAAUUCGUUAUGACAAAGGAUGAGUUCUCUGGAGCUGAUAUAAAGGCAAUAUGUACUGAGGCUGGCUUACUUGCUCUACGGGAACGCCGAAUGAAGGUGACUCAUCCCGACUUUAAAAAGGCUAAGGAUAAAGUGAUGUUUAAGAAGAAAGAAGGAGUUCCAGAAGGACUAUAUAUGUGAAAUAUCAUCAUCUAUUAUCCCCAACCUUCUUUCUUUUUAAUUUGGUCUUCUAUGUUACAAUUUUUCAAAAUAUUGGCAAUACGUCUGUAUUAUGAAGUUGAACUUUAUCCAUAUGCAGUUGCUCAGGUAAAGUCAGUUGUGGGGAAAUUGAAUGUAAACUAUGAUUUGUUUUAGUUCCACAUAUUUUCUUUCAAA